AAACAGAGAGAGAGAGAGAGAGAGAGAGAGAGAGAGAGAGAGAGAAAAGAGAGAGAGAGAAAGAAUUGAGUGGACUGAACGGCAGAGCACAAGCAGAGAAGGCAAGAAAGUAUAGCAGAAAGAGACAGAAAAGUGGGUGGACUGUGCAGAGAGAGAAAGAGAGAUAGAGGGAGAAAGAGAGAGAGAGAGAGUUCAGUAUACAUGGACAGACGUUGGAAAGCAAUAAGCAAACCAUAUUGCACACGUCUUGAACACUGAAACCUAAAGUUAGGAGAAGAUUUGGGAUUGGAGUUUAUUCUUUCUCAAAGUCAGAAGUGUUGAAAGUGUUUAAGGCUCAGUGUGAGGAUCGCGGCCAUGUCGUGGUUCGGUUGGAGCGAGCCGCAGUACCGGAGCGCGCGGCGCGAGCCGGCCGAGGUGGUGACCGACACGCUGAUGCUCGAGCUCAGUUGGCAGAUGAAGGAAGCGGAGCGGCUGCAGCGCGAGCGCGAGAACGAGUACCGGCGCAUGCGCAGCGGCGUGGAUUACAGCUGGCUGGUGAGCGCGCCGCGCGUCUCCUACGACCUCAGCCACGGAGAGAGACUGGUGCUCGAGGACCUCUGCGGUAAAGUACAUCCGUCCUGCUGCGGAGCUGUGAUCCUCCGGUUCCGUCAGGUCCUGACAGAGAACGAGCCAGAAGUGCAAGAGGUUUCUGGUCUUUUUCGUGCGGUUCUUCUCGAGACACUGGAGCGCAUUCAAGAGGAGAAGGAGGCACAGCGCUUAGCUCAGCAGUGGAAUAAUAAACGCUCCAUCAGCCUGUCCAUGCUAACAUUCAAAUCCCGAAUGAGAAUCAAUCCGUUCGGCAGCUCAGUGGCUCUCACCACCAGCAGUUCUGGAUUAGAGGAAGUCCACACCAUAUCUCAGGAUGUUGAAAAAGGACUCGGACACACAGCUGAAAAGGCACAGCGUGUGUUUAGCAUGCCUGAUUUUAGACACAAAGGCAUUAAUGGUCAUGUGUGAUGGACUCCAAAAACGGUUUUAUGGAUAUAUCAUCACUUUUCAUUUUUAAAAGCACAACAAUCAACCUUUUUUUUUACAUUUCUUAUUUCUAAAUAAAAUAGGAUCUCAAUUAUGUAAAAUAUUUCUCUGAUUCCAACAUACCUUUAUACUGGUGUAUACUGGUGUAUUUAACUCUCCUGCUGAGUUUCCAAAGACUAUCUGGUACUUUCUAUACUGUAAAAUCCAUUCAUCUGUUUUUAUUCUCUGUUUAUUAUAAACUAUUAAAUACUAUCGCUUCUUUAACAUUUCAGUGGAGGAUGUUUUCGAAGGAUAAUCUUUUUGAAAACACAAAUUUUAAAAUGACAUACGGAGGAUUAGAAUAUUGUAAAACAUGUUAAGUUGAAGCAAUUUUUUUUUUUUUUCAAAAUUCUGAAAUGUUAAUGAUUCAGUAUUACUGUAAUCACUUCAGGCGUCUGUGUUUUCAGUGUGUGAAUUUAGAAUCUUCAGUAAAUGUGAAUUGUGACUUUUUAAAAAUCAAAUGGUUAACAAAGGCGACAAAUUAAUUACACUAUUUAAAUCUUGCUGAUGACAGAUAGCAGUACAUGAUGUGUAUAAUUGUGAUAAACCAAAACUGAUACAGAAAGGUUUAAGCUUUAUUACAGCUAAAGUAUUAACUAAAGGAUGUCCCAAAAGUUUCUGUACAUAAAGGACUAUGUAUGCGAGCAUGUCCAUUGUGCUUUCAUUAGUACAUAUUCAUGGAUCCGGAGUCUGGAACACUUCCAGUCUUUUUGAAUUUGUAAAUAUUAGUCAUUAGUAUUAGAAUUAGUCAUGCUAUGCUUCCUGUUAAAGUUCUUCAAAACCUUGCAGAGAUUAGUGGAGACGGCCAAAUUCUGCCCCAACCAUCUGUGCCUAAGAAGAUUCAUCAGACUAGACUACACUUUUUUCAGUCUCAUCUCAGUUCCCAUCAGUUGAGCCUGUGUCCACUGCAGCACCAGCUUGAACCUGACAUGGUAUCUAGCUGUUAUUGCCCAUAACUGUUUUUUGUGUUGUGUGUUCUGAAAUGAGUGGUUUGUUUGUGUCGAGUCAGAUUUUUUGCAGAACUACUGCUGCUGUUGUUUUUCUUAAAUGUGAGCAAAUUCUAGAGACUGGUGUGUGAGAAAAUCCACAAAAAUCUGCAGUUCACCUGCCACCAACAAUCAAGCUACAAUCAGAAUCGCUGAAAUCACAUUUUUCCCCUUUCUGGUGGUUGAUGUUAACAGCCCCACAAACUACAUGCUGGGAUCUGCUGUUUUAAUGCACAACGGACAGUACAAGUAUUAAAUCUCUAACAGCAUAUACAACAACAAAGCUGUUUAGGUUACGUUUUAAAGAUUUGCCCACACACACACACACACACACACACACACACACACACACACACACACACACACACACACACACACACACACAAAUUCUAAUCUGAGACAAAACAGAUUUGUGCCACAUCACUUUUUUGUAUGCGAGUGCACAGAAAUGGCAACAAGGGAAAUGAACCAGAAAUAAAACAUACUUAGCACUAUCACUAUCCAUCUGUGUAUGAAGUAUACUCUUAUACCUAAAAAUGAGCAAACCUUACCUAGGGAAAAACAUUACAAUAUGCUGGAGUAUGAAAUAAAUUCUUGUACAAAACAAAGCAUCUUUGCCUCCCUGGAAAACAUCGUAAAAAGUGCGCUUCAAUUAUUUGCUGACAUUAACUAAAGUAUAAUGAUGUGAUCUAGAGGCUUUAGGUACAUUCUAUUUACAUUCUGGUAAAUACUGAAAAGGAGUUUAAUAUAAGUUUAAAUAAAUAAAUAAAAUAGGUCAAAAUGAGAUUUUCAGGCAAAAUGAUAUAUAAAUAUAUAAUAUAGAAAAAAGUCUUUGAAUAAAUCCAGUAGCAACUUUGGACCGAUGUGUUUUUUAUUUAUCUAAGAACCUGUACAGACGUCAUCAUGUUGCCAGUUCUUACUCAAAUUUAACACGACAAAAAACGCACAUUUGUGAAUGCUGCAACAUAUCAUAUUUAUGUACCAACCUCUUUGUAUCUACUGGUAUUUUCUACGUCCACAUAAAACAUCCUAUACAACAUUUUUAGGUGAUAAUGGUGUUUGUUGUAAAUCUGAAUGUGUGGUUAUUUAAAAAAAAAAAAAAAAAGGUCACCAUGUUUCUCAUUUCAAAAACCUGGGUGAUCUUGUUACAGUAAAUGGUCUAAAUACAGAUGGAUGAAAAAAGUAGCGAACAUCACACUUCACUGUGGUAUAAAGUU